UCUGCAGCUGGUGUUGUGGGCGUUGUAAUGUCAAGCACCCUUCAUGUCAUUCGCCGACAUCUUUUUGAAGACGUAUUGAAGAGGAUUCUUCUUCCUUGAUAGCUACUUUUGUUGCGCUAUUAACCCAAAAUUUGGAGACCCUUGACAGCCAGGUGCUGUUACCGCCAUGGGACUUUGUCUGGAAUGUUUGAGUGGUUCUGCUGCGGAUGACAGCGAUCACACACCUGACGCCGAAACCAGAAGGGCACAGAUUGCGCAGGCAGCUGAGAAAAGAAAGCAUGACUCCGAGGGAAGAGGAGUCAAAGAUCCAGAAGGUCUAAAAAGGAAACAAAAACGACGGGAAGAACUGGAGAGAAAAUCUGAGCUGACGCAGAAUGCAGGACAAGAAGAAAAAGGUCUACGGUGGCAAGUUGGUUGAGGUGGUUGUGGUAAGCUGGGGAACACGAAGUGGAUCAAGCUGGGCGGACCAUUAUGCUUCUAUAAUGGCUUAACUUCAGGGGACAGGUAUACAUUCUCAGAACUGGUGUACUGUUCAUCUUUGACGUGUGGGCUCUACAAUACAUUCUAGCGAUUUGUAUGAACAACAUUUAUUAUAUAGCUAUGAAUAUGGUCCAAUGAAAUCAGUCGGAUGGUACCAUGUAACCAUCCUGUACUUGGAAUGAUAUUGGAUCCCGGAGAGCAAAGGGAGGUAACCUUAAUGAGCUAAAAUCAUUGAGCGGGGACACCGCUGUGUUUAUCGUUUGCUCUCGUCAUUUCUGUAAACAAUGACGAGGAAAUGUGGACAGGGGAAUAAAUUUCAUUAUUUCUUGAUUUCCGAAUUCCGCAAAAUACUAAAGCGAAGAUCAAAAGCGACCUAGGAAUAUA